UUGUGGCGAGCCGCCGACGUGAUAUGACGUGAUGCGAUAGUCAUCAGCAUCAGGUACCAGCAGCAACGACACGCCUUCCAUCACACUCACAACAUCCACCAGCAAAAUGCCCAACGUCCUAAUCGUCGGCGCAACGCGCGGCCUAGGCCACGAACUCGCCAAAAAAUACGCCGAUAAAGGCGACACAGUCCACGGCACCGCACGCAAAAGCGCCCCCAAAGAAGACAGCACCAAAAUCCACUGGAUCCCCAAAGUAGACUUGAGCGAAGAGGCCGCCGGCGCGACAGUCGUCUCCGCCCUCAAAAGCACCAAACAAGACAUCGUCAUCAUCUCCGCCGGCUUCUUCGUCAAAGAGUCCCUCGACGACCCGGAUUUCGAGCAGGAGGUCCUGAUGUACAAGACGUGCGCGAUUGGGCCUGUGUUUGUCGUUUCGGCGCUGCACAAGGCGGGUUUGCUGGCGAGGGGUGCUAAGGUUAUUCUUGUGUCGUCGGAGGCGGGGUCGAUUACGCUCCGCCACGAGAGUGAGGGGGGAGGGUUGUAUGGGCAUCAUGCGAGCAAGGCCGCGUUGAAUAUGGCGGGUAAACUGCUGAGUUUGGAUUUGAAGGGAGAGGGGGUUGCGGUGGCGAUGGUUCACCCGGGUUUCAUGCGGACUGAACUCACGGCUAGCGUUGGCUUCGAUCAGUUCUGGGAUGACGGCGGUGCUGUGACGCCUGAUGUUGCGGCCAAGUCACUCGUGGAGUGGAUCGAUGGGUUCGACAUCAGCCAUACCGGAGAGUACUGGGCGCCUCGCGGACCGGGCGAUAUUGGGACUGCGGAGCCGGUGUUGGGGCCCAAGGACAAGCUGUCCACGCCGUUUCAGAUACCAUGGUAGCGAAGCAGUGCGAGGUUGCGUGCGUUACCAGCGCUACUAAGACAAAUGACGGGAAACGAGAGCAGAGUUCUAUAGCAUCAUACAAUUUCGUAGUAGUCGAAAGACC